CCUUACAGAACAUUACAGAUUGGGCAAAAUUAUAAACGCGAUUAAAAAAAUAUACAUUAUUUCAUUAUAAAAAUUAUAGGAAAAACUGUGAUAGUAGAAUAACGUGCUAAAAUUUUUCCUCAUGUGCAUCCGCAAUUUUCAGUACUGCCAUUACGCCGUUAGGUGGCGCCAGUGCACUUAACCUCAAACUGUCACCUGUGAGUGAAUGUUUGUGUGUCAAUAUUUUGUAAAUAAAAGUAAAAACAACCCCCUUGGAAGCAAAUUGUGAUGUCGACCAUGACGUCUGCAAACAACAAAAAGAACGGAAGUUCCACUGAAAGUUCCUCAGGUUCUACAGACUCCUCUAGCUCCAGCUCUUCGUCAACCGGCUCAGAUUCAUCUUCUUCAAGCGAUAGCGAGUCCUCCAGCUCGCAGGAAUCCACCAAGCAGCAAUCUGGCUCUGAAACGAAGAAAGCUACCACCCUUCAAAAAAACCCGCGAAAAAGCACCGACACCAUAAAACUGGCCCCCACGAAAUCAUCAGAAAUGAAACCAGCACCAAAACCUAAAGCUCAAAUAACAAAACCGACCAAACAAUCGUCGAAAACUGCCAUUUAUUCAUCAGAAGACGAAGACGCUAAAAAUAAAGCUGCAAUCAAGCGAAAAAGCACCGCUAAGCCGAAAAGCAGCGCAACCAUAACACCUAAACCAGCACCUACAAACAAACCGGUUGUGACAAAGCCGACAGUUAAGCCUGUCCAAAAUAAAGGGGCUAAAACUAAAGAGCCAUCUAAAAAAAUUGUUACAAAGGGUAAGAGUGAUCCUGCAAACAAGAAAAAAAGUAUUUUUUCGCCGGAGAAUAGCUCAGAGUCUGAAGAUGGGGCAAAGAAAAAUAGACCAAAACCUCCAGCGCCUAAACCGCGUCCUAAAGCCGCUGCGAGAACUGUUGAGAAACCUAAACCUCCUGAGAAAAAGAUUGAGAAGCCUGCUCCUAAAUCAAAGGCCGUGGUUAGCUCAGCGAGCUCUGCAUCUUCAAGUACCGCCUCUAGCAGCAGCUCUGAUAGCGAAAGCAGCGCAGAAUCGUCCAGUACCAACAGAAAAAUGUCUGAGAAGAAGGCAACAAAGAAACCUUCUGUUACGGCGAAAGAGCGAAUUGUUUUAUCUGAUUCAGAGAUUGAAGGUGCACCUACGAAACAAGUAACUCGAAAAUUGACAAGAUCUGCCAGUACUCGCAAAUCUAAGCACGUCCUAGGCAAAAACGUAUACUCUGAUACAGAUUCAGACACUGAAAGUACAAAACGUUCUUUAAGUAGAUCUCCCGUAAAGCGGGCACCAGUUUCCACAAAAGGCAAAACGAAAAACAAUAAACGCAACGACGCAAAGUCACGAGCGAGCGAAAUAAUCCUAAUAGAAGAACGCAAGUGUCCCUUGGAGGGCUGCAAUAGCCAAGGGCACCUAAGCGGCAAAUUCGACAAACACUUCACCCUAGAAGCCUGCCCUACAUUCCACAACCUCACCCCAACCCAGUGCAAAGAAGAACUAAACGAGCGCAAAAAGCGCGAAGACAAUCGCAAAAAGGCCUUGGAAUACCACAGAAAGUCACCACGGCCACAAAUAACCCAAGACCAAAGACAGUAUUUGCAGAAAAUCCGUGACAUCCACUUAAAAUUCAAAUCAGAACCUGUAGAAGAAGUAAAACCGCAAAACCCCGAUAAAAACCGUGAGCUGGAUUUAACGAAUUUCGUGCCAGAUUAUGAUUUGAAAUUAUUCAGAGACGCUCAGGCUUUGGCCAGCGAAAAGAUCGAGGAAGAUUUGAAAACUCAGCCCAACACGAAAGGCACGAAAUGCAUAGAGAUGGGGAAGUUCGAAAUGGAGGUCUGGUACCAGAGUCCGUAUCCUGAAGAUUACGCGCGAUUACCGAAACUUUACAUUUGCGAGUACUGUUUGAGGUACAUGAAGACGCGAACGGUUUUGCAGAGGCACGUGGUUAAGUGCGUUUGGAGGCACCCACCGGGCGAGGAAGUCUAUAGGAAAGACAGAAUUAGUGUGUGGGAAGUAGACGGGAAGCGCUAUAAACAAUUUUGUCAGAAUCUCUGUUUGUUGGCGAAGUUCUUUCUGGACCAUAAGACGCUGUAUUACGACGUGGAACCGUUUUUGUUUUAUGUUAUGACUAUCGUGGACAGUGAGGGGUGCCACACGGUGGGGUACUUCAGCAAGGCUUGGAUUUGGAAAAAAAUCCUAGCAGAUGACAGCGUAGCUGCUGAAAUGCGUCAACAAUUUGAAAAGAACUCCUUCCUAAAUUACAACGUAUCUUGUAUCCUGACGUUGCCACCCUACCAGAGACAAGGAUAUGGAAGGCUUCUUAUCGAGUUUAGCUACUUGUUGACAAAGGUGGAAGGCAAGAUAGGUUCCCCCGAGAAGCCCCUCAGCGAUUUGGGAUUGAUUUCGUAUCGUUCAUAUUGGAAAGACGUUUUACUCGAGUACCUGUGUUCUGGGCCGAGCACUCAGUUAUCAGUUAAAGAUAUCAGCCAGGAGAUGGCGAUACACUCGUACGAUAUCGUUUCUACGCUCCAGGCACUCGGUAUGAUGAAAUAUUGGAAAGGGAAACAUAUCAUUCUAAAAAAGCAAGACGUAUUGGACGAAUACAUCGACAGAGUGAAAAAGCGAGGAUCGAUGGUGAAGGAAGUCGAUCCGGCGUGCUUGAGGUGGACACCGCCGCAACCUCCGUCGCUUUGAGGUUCUCCACAAGCAGGCUCCGACUAGCCAACGUGGGCCGAAUAACAUUUUGUUUUCUGGGGCGUGUGAAUAUCUUGCAUUUACCAUUAAUUAAGCGAAACUGCCGAAUUUGAAUGACAAUCAUUGUUAAGGGGCCUUGAAAGGGGACAAAAGUUUCAUUUUGCGAGUGGGCAUUGAGUUGGGAAGGGUCUCCCUUGCCGCUCCCCAGAGACGCCACUGGCCAUUUUAUUGCAGCCGAUUGGAAAUCUCGUGCCGCGGUAAUUAUUUAUUUAAAGCCUAGAGCUGACGGCUUUAGGGGACCAGUUAAUAAAAUGGGCAAUAAAAGUAAUAGUAGUUGAAGCUCAAUUAGUUGCUCGAAUUAACAGCAUUCAUGAGGAAACUAUACAGGGUGAGUCAAUAAUGUUAACUCCUUCGUUUUAUUACUAAAAACAAGUACCACUAUAAAUACUGUUAUAAAUGUUAAAAAUAUACCGAUCUUUUCAAAACAGGGUAUUUCUCGAAGAUAAACAUUCAUAUGACGUUUUUAUCAGUCUCCACAUUGUGGAAAUUGCUCAUGAAAAACUGCAAUAAGUUAUAUUAAUGCACAACCGAAAAAUGACAAUUUUUUCAUUAUAAUCAAUUAAAAACCGACACUGAUCGGCAGACUUUGGAUAUCAUUAGAAAUACAGAUAGAUGAUUUCUAUGUAGGGCUACUUCUUUUUCGAUAUUUGAAAUCAAAAAUUUUCCCAAGAGCUAACUAGAAAAUUUCAAAAUAAAGUAGCCUGUGAAGAAGUUUCAAGACAUCAAAGAUUAUCAAAAAUUUAAUAAUACAUUUUGCAAAUCAAGUUGAUUGUGAAGCUAUUUCUAAGUGUAAAAAAUUUUCUGAAUUUUUUUUUUUUAUUACAAUAUGUAUACGAAGGAAAGCUUCAUCAUAUAUAUUGUUUUGCAUCCACGAGUGAAGCUUCAAACUUCCAAUUUACAAGGCAACUAAAUUGCGACAAAUACGGCUAUUUAGAAAACAAAGGUUGCCUUCAUUUCUAGCAAAAUUGGAAGCAAUGUAAGUUUCCUAAACCUCUGGAAUAUAGGAUAUUUAUUCGUGUUUUAGAGAAAAAAAAAAAUUAAUCUCAACGUAUUCAGAUACUAAUCAAGUAAUCAGAUCACAUAAAAUGUGAAUUCUGUACUACUUGCUUAAAUUGCUGUGGUAUUUCAAAAAUUCUUGGAUAUUUUAGCUCUCAGACGAUCCAAAAAGAAUUCGCAACAUUUUUGCUCACUGUGUAUAUGAAUGAAAUUUUUGACGUUCAGUGUUUCUGAAAUGCUUUUAUUUGUAAUAGUUUUAUCUUAUUUAUGUGACUACUAAUACGGGCCCUGAUAAAAUUUCACAUAUAAAUUUCCACCCAUUUAUCAUUUUGUCUGGAGUGUGUUUGAAAGCAACGAAGAAGUCUGACUUUCGUAUGUGUAAAAACCGAGUUUUUCAUCGUCAUUCAGAUUUAUUUAUAAACAAGUCCCCUACUAUAGCUAAAAAUUUAGUUCGGCAUGUCUGCCAAAAUUUUUGCGGGAAUUUAAGACAGAAAUAUUUUCUACGUUUGUUAUGACUUGUUUUAAAAAUAAAUGUGUACAAAUACGUAAUUUUUUAUAUUAAAGAAAAUAUUUUUUCUUAAAAUAGACGCACGUUAACACACUUGAAGCUUCCGAGAAGCUUUCACAUAGCCAUCCCAUCGAAAAAUCGUUCAUCAUCAUUAGUGAGAUGUUUAGUUAUCAUUGUUACUAUUGUUGAGUACUUUCAUCCUGUAAGCCCUACUUAGUUGAUUGAAUAGAAUUGUUGUUUUUUGUGUUAAUGUAACGAUUGUCGUAGAAAUAAACGUAUAAUCUU